AUGUCUUUCAUUGACAGAUUCGCAACCCUUCUCUUCCUGGCCAUAGCCAUCGGAGAAGCCCUCGCCAAAAGCAAGACAAAGUCGAAAAAGAAGAAGUUUCCCGUCGGUGCGAUCGUGGCAAUCAUCAUUGUGGUGAUCCUCAUCAUCAUCGUCGUCUGCGUCGUUCUCUUUCUCCUCAAGCGCCGCAAGGCGAAGCAGGCCAAACAAGUCAACAACUUUGGCGGCGAGCAGCCCACCAGCUAUCCUCUAGCGAACGGCAACCAAAAUACUCCUGACAAGUACGAGCCUAUGGGAAAUCAACCUCAACAAACGGGUUACGGAAACCAGCCACAGCAGACAAAUUACAACAAUACUCCAUACCAGCAGCAAACAAAUUAUGGAAAUGGUCCACCACCACAACAGCAACAAGGUUACGCUUGA